UGAUUGCUUUCAUGGUUACUGUAAAUUAUGCACUAUAUGGGUUUUCACUGGUAGGCCAAUGUUUGAUGAAAUGUCUAAGUGAAUAUUACUGCUUCCUUGUUUCGGUUAACAACCAUCAGAAAUAAUGUGAUAAUUGUUGAUAUUAUAUUGUAUUAAGAUUUUUUUUAUUUACUUGUUUCUCAGUGAGUAGUUUAUUUAUUUAUUUAUUUUUUUGUGGGUCACUAAUUAUGAGAGGUUCUUAUGGCUAUGUUAAUUGAAUUAGAAUACCUCAGUAGUACCCAACAUGAUAAAAAGAAUGAAUAACUGGAGGUCUGUCAUAAAUAUUGAAUACGUAUAUGAACCCACACUACAGAUCGUUUUCUUUCAAGGGUCUGCGCAUUAUAUGUUCAUGUUUUUGUUGGAUGCAUCAUUAGUUUACUACUUUGAUUAUAUGAUUUUAUACUCUUUGGAACUAUUCUUUUAUAUCUUAGUCUGCAGCAGAAACCAAAAACCUGAGCAAACCUAGAUGGAAGUUGUAUGGGAGCACUUAGAAGUGAUUAAAUUGAGCAAAAUUAGUUUUGAUUGGAAUGAGUUGCAGGCAAGGAUUAGGUAGCUAAAUGCAAAUUGAUGAGUGAAGGUUUUUUAGUAAAUAAUUAAGUUCAAUGCUUUGCUUGAUUUGAUUGUUAGCUACAACUCAUACUUCUAUCAACAUAUUGGUGCAUUACGUUUUCUACUUCCUUGCUUUUUCUGUAUCAUGUAUGAUUCUUUGCUUGAAGUCAUGCCUAUCACAACCAGAAGAUGUGAAUUUCUGUGGAGUUUAACCACAUCCGCUCGGACUGUUCUGCAGAUGGGAAGGAAACGGGAGAAGAAAGGUGCCUCAUUAAACCCAAUAAUAUAUGAAAAUGUGACACUUCGUGAGGAAAACACUGGUAAAAAGAAUGUUGACAAGAAUUCUAUCUUGAAGAUGCAGCAUCUGCAACGACUGGCAACAUGGGCCGGUGGGGAAGCUAGAAUACCUCCUCUGGGUGCUUUUUUGGGAGCAUGUUUGGCUGCUGAAGCAGAGGCUUCAGGGAUUCCUCUAGAUCAUUCAACUUUUGUUUGCCAGAGAUGUGAAACUGUCUUGCAGCCUGGUUUUAACUGCACCAUCCGAAUAGAAAAGCGUGUGAACAAGGGAAGAUGGCGCAAGAAGGCUUAUGUUCCCUGUAAGAACAGUGUGGUCUACACAUGUCACUUCUGUUCUCAUCGGAACGUAAAGUGGGGGACUGCUGAAGGCCAUAUGAAGAAUCUAACUGCUUCAAGACGUAGCCAAGAUUCAGACUCAAAUCAACAGUGCUCCACAGAUAGAGCACACGGCAACUCUGAGAAUGUAUUAGCUGCUAAACAUGAGGUUCGUCAGGAUGUUAGAGAGGAAAUCCCUUCAAAACUAGAACCUGUAUCGGAGUUGAAAUCUAUCACUCCUGGAAGAGCAGCGGUUACUGGAGAGAUUCUUGCCAAAUGUCCAGUAAACCCACUAGGAAAAGUGGUGAAUACGUCUCAGAGGAAAAGGAAGGUCAGUGACUCUCUUCCUAACAAGCUUCCUGUUGGUGGAAAUCAUUCAGCAAUAACUGACUCAGGAAAAGGGACUGGGGGUUCCAGUAAGCGGCGAAGGAAAGCAUGGUCUAGCUUGAAGGAGAUCAGUGAAAAGAGCGAGCUUGAGAAUGCUAAGAACCUCAGCAAUUUUGCAAUCCCAUUUCAUAUUUAGGUGGCCAACCUAAGAAAGAGGAUGAGACCCAAUUUUGUUAGUGUUACUAUAGAAUACAGAAAGGAAAUCUAUCAUUGAUUAUCUGUUCCGAAA